CAAGUACGUCGAGACGCCGUACGCGGCACUCUGUACCGAUCCCGGCGGAGUAAACAUAAUUAAAAAAGAAUUAAAUAAUGAUUAUUAAUUAUCCACGGGGCUAUAAACAAAACCAAUGUAUGUACAAUGAUGUACGUACGAUAUGCAAUCAUGUAGAUUAGUUAGUUUCUCUAUUUGCAACCUGCCGGAGGCUAAGUGCAUUGGGGUCCCGAGCCCUGUUUAUUGGCCAGUUGAACCUCUUUGAGGUUAUGGUUCUAAUCGAAGUUAUUUUGAAGUUGUGUCUGUUUCCACGAGUUAUAGAGUUGAUAAAUCUAAGUGUUUUAUAAAGAAAAUUAGCGAAAAAGUUAGUGAAAAACGAGAAGAUGCCGUUUAUGGUAGGGAGAGCGCCAAUUAGGCGAACAUUGCCGUAUUUACAAGCUGGCAAAUUAGUCCUGAAAGACAAUAUUCAAAUAAUGACGAUAAAUUAUAAUACGUUUGGCGAACAUCAUGUUGGAACAAAGGACUUUGUAUUUUGGAAACUGCCGCAAAUUCAAUAUAAAAAUCCAGAGGUCCAAAUCAAUGUAUUCAAGAAUAUGACUCCCUCGCCAUUUAUCCAGUGUUUUUACGAUACGGGAAAAAGAAUGCUAAUCGACGUCGACGGUCGAAGCAGUGACGAGAUCUACGAACAUUUGAUCAGAGUAAUUGGUAAAUCGAAAGAUGUUUUGGAGAGAGAAGCUAUUGCGGCGGAGAAGAAAGAGAAUCCAGCGAAUUUCGGAAAUGGUUGCGCAAAACACUGCAUGUGCGAAGUUCCUGGCCAGCUCCCAUGUCCCAGUGUAGUUCCAUUACCUUAUCAUAUGAGAGGAAAAUACAGAUAUGGUCCUCCGGAAGUUUAAAAAUAAUUUAACCGAAUGGUGAAGUGGUGGAACGUUCAUGUUUAAUUUUUCAUGAAAUAUUUCUUAAAGAAUAAAAUUGAAAUUGACAAAUAUUUGAAAAACUUGUAAUUACACGAUUUGAAUAUUUAAUGAGGGUUGAAUAAAAUCAGCGCUUGAUCUAU